AUGUCUCGCAACGGCAACCACACGGUAGAGUUCCUGGAGGAACUCCAGAAAGGCUGCAAAGCCCUACGGUCAGACGUUGAGCCUUCCUAUGGAUACGUCCCGACACUGGGUGCUGGAAUUGCCUUUGACGUGCUCUUCGGCCUCGCUCUGAUCGGGCAUCUUGUGCAGAUUGUGAGAUUCAGGAGGUGGACCUCGAUCUUGCUCGCUUGCGGUGCGAUUCUCGAAGCUCUGGGAUGGGCCGGAAGGACUUGGUCGGCCAAGUGUCCAUACAGCCAUGAUGCUUUUCUAAUUCAAAUCGUCACACUCAUUAUCGGACCGGUAUUCUUUUCCGCAGCUCUCUACGUGUUGCUCGGCAUCCUCAUACUUCAACUCGGUCGCAAGUCCAGCAUCCUCUCGGCAAAGAUGUAUGCCAUUGUCUUCUGUGCUUGUGAUGUCGUUUCGCUUGUGAUUCAAGCGAUCGGUGGUGGGAUGGCUUCGUCUGAAUCGGACAAGGUUGGUGGUGAUACGAAGCCAGGCACGAACGUGAUGGUUGCCGGAAUUGCUUUCCAGCUUGGCACUAUGACCCUCUUUGCAUUGUUCGUGUUCGAUUUCGUUCGCCGAAUUCGAGGAAUGCAUAUUACCCGACAUCUGAAGCAAGUCCUAUUCGCCAUGUCCGUCUCAUUCCUGAUGAUCUACAUUCGAAGUAUCUACCGAACGAUUGAGUUGGCGCAGGGUUGGGAUGGUUAUCUCAUCACACAUGAGGGCUUCUUCAUCGGAUUGGAUGCUGCGAUCAUGGUGGUGGCUGUUGCAGUGUUUCUCCUUUUCGAUCCCGCCGCCUUGAUACCCAAGGGCAAGCAGCCAGAUCAGCUCAUCGAUGCAGUUGACAACUCGGACUCUUCAGACAACGAACGAAAGCCAGCCCCGGCUUAA